UACUCCUCCCCGGUCGAGGGGUAAAACCGUCCUUGUCCCACCCCACCUCGCAGCGCCGUGGCCCUCUCGUCUUCUUCCCCACCCCAACCAAAACACCCACGCGCUCCCUCAGAUCAGAUCGGCAAGGCCAAUCCCGAGCAGAGGACCGAAACCUCGAGCGCUCGCGCCGGCGACCACACGACGAAGAGGAGGCCGCGGCACGAGAGCGCCCCAGGGUUCCCGCUCUCGUCGCAGCAGCAGUAAGGGGAAGAUGUCGUCGGCGUUCAGCGGCGAUGAGACCGCCCCCUUCUUCGGCUUCCUCGGCGCCGCCGCGGCGCUCGUCUUCUCAUGCAUGGGGGCGGCGUACGGGACGGCCAAGAGUGGCGUCGGCGUGGCGUCCAUGGGUGUCAUGCGCCCCGAGCUCGUCAUGAAGUCCAUCGUCCCCGUGGUCAUGGCUGGUGUGCUCGGUAUCUAUGGCCUCAUCAUCGCUGUCAUUAUCAGCACUGGAAUCAACCCCAAGGCCAAGCCGUACUACCUCUUUGACGGCUACGCCCACCUGUCGUCUGGCCUUGCCUGUGGUCUUGCUGGGCUUGCUGCAGGCAUGGCCAUUGGCAUCGUUGGUGAUGCUGGUGUCAGGGCGAAUGCUCAGCAGCCAAAGUUGUUUGUGGGCAUGAUCCUCAUCCUGAUUUUCGCUGAAGCGCUUGCCCUCUACGGUCUCAUCGUCGGCAUCAUCCUUUCAUCCCGUGCUGGCCAAUCCCGUGCAGAUUAGGCACAUAUUUCAGAUGUGAAUGCUGUGCGGACUGUUACCGUUACCUGGUUGUAGCUGGGUCAUGUUCUAUAUCCAUGAGACAAGAAGCUGGAGCACUUUUUAGAGGCUUAUUUUUUAUGCUGUCUAGUUUUCGUUCCGUUGAGUUGAGAAAACAAGAAAACUUGUGUAACCAUGGGUGGACUUUUCCCUUGUGGUGUCAUUCUUUUCCCCGUCGUGGUGGUGGGCUGUGGUUGAUGCUUCUUUCUGCACAGUUUUUGCUGGGGCUGUAAUCUGGUGAAUAAGCGAGUGCAUGCAACGCAAUGGGAGCUGAAGACUCUUGUUCAAUCCUCUUGUUUAGUCGUUUUCUGUGAUCUAAGAAUAUUUUUGUGUGGGAAA